GGCUGUGGGCGGGCGCGGGGCCAAGUCCCCGGAACGCGUCCCGGGGCUGCGCGAGCGGGGUAGGCAGUAGGGAGGCGGCCCCGGGGACGGGGCUGAACCGGGGCGGGGACCGCAGCCGCCUGCGCGGUUCCGGGUGCUCCCGCCGCGCGCAGCCCAGGGCGCACUUGACCGGGGGGUGGGCUGCGGGGAAGGGCGGGUCUGGGGAGAAUCCCGGAGCGCCGCGGCGCCCUCCAGCCCCUCCUCCUCACUGUCGCUGGAACUGCAGCCCGAGCCCGAGCCGGCGCCACCUCGCUCCCGGGCUCGCGCUCCCCCAGCCAUGGCUUUAGCCAAUUUCCGCCGCAUCCUGCGCCUGUCUACCUUCGAGAAGAGAAAGUCCCGGGAAUAUGAGCACGUCCGCCGGGACCUGGACCCCAACGAGGUGUGGGAGAUCAUGGGCGAGCUGGGUGACGGUGCCUUCGGCAAGGUUUACAAGGCCAAAAACAAGGAGUCAGGUGACUUGGCUGCCGCCAAAGUAAUUGAGACCAAGAGUGAGGAAGAGCUGGAAGACUACAUUGUGGAGAUUGAGAUCCUGGCCACCUGUGACCACCCCUACAUCGUGAAGCUCCUGGGAGCAUACUACUACGACGGGAAGCUGUGGAUCAUGAUCGAGUUCUGUCCCGGGGGAGCUGUGGAUGCCAUCAUGCUGGAGCUGGACAGAGGCCUCACCGAGCCCCAGAUUCAGGUGGUUUGCCGCCAGAUGCUGGAAGCCCUCAACUUCCUGCACAACAAGAGGAUCAUCCACCGGGAUUUGAAAGCCGGCAAUGUACUGAUGACUCUUGAGGGCGACAUCAGACUGGCUGACUUUGGUGUGUCUGCCAAGAAUCUGAAAACUGUGCAGAAACGAGAUUCCUUCAUAGGGACGCCUUACUGGAUGGCUCCCGAGGUGGUGAUGUGUGAGACCAUGAAAGACACCCCGUAUGACUACAAAGCUGACAUCUGGUCCCUGGGCAUCACUCUGAUAGAGAUGGCCCAGAUUGAGCCACCGCACCACGAGCUCAACCCCAUGCGGGUCCUGCUCAAGAUUGCCAAGUCCGACCCCCCGACACUGCUCACGCCUUCUAAGUGGUCUGUGGAGUUCCGAGACUUCCUGAAGACAGCCCUGGAUAAGAACCCAGAGACGCGGCCCAGUGCCGCGCAGCUCCUGGAGCACCCCUUCGUCAGCAGCGUCACCAGUAACAAGGCUUUGCGGGAGUUGGUGGCUGAGGCCAAGGCUGAAGUGAUGGAGGAGAUCGAAGAUGGCCGGGAGGAGGGCGAGGAGGAGGACUCCGUGGACCCUGCCUCUCCUCUGGGGAACCAUACUCAAGAUUCUUCUGAUGUGAGCCUCAAUGCUGACAAGCUUCUCAAAGAAUCAUCUUUCACCCCUCUGCCACCAAGCCAGCCUGAGGAAAGUGUGAAUGGGCCCAGCCAGCCCUCUGGGGACAGAUCUCUCCAAGUCAUCAGCCCCCCAGAAGCAGCCCCUGGAAAAGAGAAUGGCGUAGCAGUGCCAGUAGCUCUCCGGAAGUCCCGGCCAGUGUCAAUGGAUGCCAGAAUUCAGGUAUCUGAAGAGAUGCAAGUCACUAACCAGGGUGAGGACCUCAGUCCAGCAGCCAACCAGUCUCAAAAAGCAAGCCAGAGCCGACCCAACAGCAGUGCCCUGGAGACCUUGGGUGGUGAGAAGCUGGCCAAUGGCAGCCUCGAACUCCGCACCCAAGCAGCUCCAGGCCCUUCCAGGAGGGACUCGGACUGUGGCAGCCUGUCUACCUCUGAGAGCAUGGUCUACAGCACCUCCCUCUCAGCUGACCUGUCCUUGAACAGGGAGACGGGCUCUCUGUCCAUCAAGGACUCAAGGCUGCACAAUAAAACCCUCAAGAGGACACGCAAGUUUGUGGUGGAUGGCGUCGAGGUGAGCAUCACAACCUCCAAGAUCAUCAGCGAAGAUGAGAAGAAGGAUGAGGAGAUGCGAUUUCUCAGGCGCCAGGAACUCCGAGAGCUUCGGCUGCUCCAAAAAGAAGAGCACCGGAACCAGACCCAGCUGAGCAGCAAGCAUGAACUGCAGCUGGAGCAGAUGCAUAAACGUUUUGAACAAGAAAUCAACGCCAAGAAGAAGUUCUUUGAUACAGAGCUGGAGAACCUGGAGCGUCAGCAGAAGCAGCAAGUGGAGAAGAUGGAGCAAGACCAUGCUGUGCGCCGCCGGGAGGAGGCCAAGCGGAUCCGUCUGGAGCAGGAUCGGGACUACACCAAGUUCCAGGAGCAGCUCAAACUGAUGAAAAAGGAGGUGAAUAUGUGUCAGGUGGACGCAAGGGGUCUGGAAGUAUUAGGACCUUGUUGGUUGCAGGGAUCAGAACCCCAGCUCAACCUUACCUUAUCAACAGAGGAAUAUUGGGGAGCUUUGUGGCGGCCUGUGGCCUCUGAGCACACCCCAUCCCAACCCGGGCUGCUGUCCCCUCAGGAGCGGGAGCAGAUGCAGCGCUACAACCAGCGCAUGACCGAGCAGCUCAAGGUGCGGCAGCAGCAGGAAAAAGCACGGCUACCCAAGAUCCAGAGGAGUGAGGGCAAGACUCGCAUGGCCAUGUACAAGAAGAGCCUGCACAUCAACGGCGCGGGCAGCGCCUCUGAGCAGCGUGAGAAAAUCAAGCAGUUCUCCCAGCAGGAGGAGAAGAGGCAGAAGUCGGAGAGGCUACAGCAGCAGCAAAAACACGAGAACCAGAUGCGGGACAUGGUAGCACAGUGUGAGAGCAACAUGAAUGAGCUGCAGCAGUUGCAGAAUGAAAAGUGUCACCUCCUGGUAGAGCAUGAAACCCAGAAGCUGAAGGCCCUGGAUGAGGGCCAUAAUCAGAACCUGAAGGAAUGGCGGGAUAAGCUUCGGCCACGCAAAAAGGCUUUGGAAGAAGAUCUGAACCAGAAGAAGCGGGAGCAGGAAAUGUUCUUCAAACUGAAUGAGGAGACAGAAGGCCCGAACCCCACCACCCCAAACAAGGCCACCAAGUUCUUCCCUUACAGUUCUGCGGAUGCUUCUUAACAAUCACCUUGGGCCGGGGCUGGCAGGUUGGUGGGCCUCCAAGGUCCCCCCACAUUCUCUGUGAACAAGUAACUCAGGACCCCCUUCCCUCUUGCUUCCAUGCCAGCUUGGACAACCCCCCUUGAAUAACAGCCCCUUCCUUGUGCCACUCCAGCUGUGCCCGACAGACCCCCCCCAUCCCCAGUGUUUCUGACUUAUCACUCAGUUAGUGGAGGGUGAAGUUUUAUUAUGUGUUGUCUGAUCAUAAUGAAUGUUCUCUCUGAGCUGCAGAACCUCCUGGCUGUUGGUGGGCUCAGGGUCCAAGAAGAAUGGGUGUGCUGUGGCCUCAAGGCCCCUCCUGUUUGCCAAAACAUCAGUUUUGCUAUUUGUGGGCACAAAGUGGUCUUGCUGAAGUCAGUCAGGUCAUGAGCUUGUUCAUGUUGCAAUUCUUGGUGGCUUUUCAGUCAUUUCUUGCAGUGUCAGACAAGAAUCUUGGUUCCUAAUAACCAUUUCAGUUCUCAGUGGAGCCUGGCCUGCAGCUAGUUGCUCAGGGGGUGCCCUCCUUCCACCAGUUAGCUUUCUUCUGAGUCAAGGCUGGGUGUACAAUCGUGAAAUGUGGAAAAACCUGAACUGUUCAUUCUGCUGGUCCUGGGUGUUUGUGCCAUCUUGGUCCUGUCCCCUCUUCCUGCACCCACACAGGGCUUGGCCCCCUGGCACUACCCAGGCUUGCCUCUGCUCUGGGUCUCUUGUGCCAGAACAUGUUCACUGUCUGAGCCUGAGCCACUGAGCAUGUUAGGUGAAGCCGUUGGUAUGGAGCAUGUUGGGCAUUGGCACAAGAUGGCACAUGUUUGCUGCUCUGCCUUUUGGUCCCCACAUGGGAUUUCAGGGAUAAAUGCCUCACCACACAAUUUCACAUCCUGUCUGCAGGUGAUCUGGGAAGGCUGUUUUCCUCUGCCCUGUGCUCCUCCUAGUUCAGGAGUCUAGCAUUACACUUUAGACUGAGGCUGAUAGCCACUGGGCCUUCUAUUUAGGAAGAAGUAUCAGGGAGAACAUUACGCUUUCUGCUCCUGAGAACACAGCUUAAGCAAAGCUUCUGUAUCUCAGAUGGAAUCCUAGGCCUUCAGGUUACUCAAAGAGGGCCUCUCACAGAUUCUGAUCUCCACAGGCUGCACAGUAUAGAUUACAAAGAAAGCUUUUUUUCCCACCUUCAUUUCUUACUUGAAACAAAUAUAAAUGAAUUGCUUCUUCAGGAAGACAUCUGCAUUAAAACAGAAAACUGAAGGUGAUUUUGAGAAAAUCAUAUGGAUACUGAGUCUGGGUACUAUUUUGCUUGUAAUAGAGUGGUUAGCACAUCCGAGGAGGACUUUCUCCAUCUUCACUCCUAAAGGUUAAGGUUCCUAAAGCAACUCCGUGGAAGUUUUUUUGGCACUGGUUAUAACCAAACCUUGGGAAGAGAGGGUAUCUAUUCAACAGGGGAAGAGACUUAGGGUUCCUAAGGCUUACAUAUGCUGUAAAGAUGCUCUGGGGGCUGUGGGAAAGCAGUGGCCCUCUCAAGUUAAUGAGCAAUCAGCUUGCCUGCUUCAGUAUUUGACUGAGAUGGGACAGUUUUCAAGUCUCACACUGAUGAGAAAAUGAAACUAUUGUCCCCUUUUACUCUUUUUGGUGCACAGGUGCUGGGAAAACAUGAACUAACAGCAGCAUAACUACACAGCAUAGACCCAGUUCUACCAGGUGAGGCCAGCACUUGCAAAUGGCCAGGCUGGACUAACUUGGGCUUUGUCUAUAGUACUGCCUUUGCAGCCUGGGGUAUGAGAAGGAGUAUUAGGUGAAAUGCUGCUGUAUUAGGUGUAUUAGGUGAAAGUCACUGAUCAUUUCCUUGUUUGGUUUGUCAUUCACACUGAAAUCUUGUUCAAGUAGUUGCUGCUUUCCUGCUCAGUGUUGCCCAAGCUCAAACUCCCCUGCCCUUUCUGGAUGGGGGCUGACUGGGGUCUCUCAGCCUCAUAAUUGAGCCAAUGUGCAAUGCCUCACUGAGAAGGCCCAUGCAGUAUUCUUCAUGCCCUGUGCUAAUGUUUCCUUUGUAUGGAAAAUGGAACUAUUUCCCAUUUUCUGUCAAAUUUUGGCAGAGUAAAUAUAACUAACUUAUAUUUUCCCUUUAUGAAAGACAGAAGUUAUUUUUAUGUAGUUUCCAAACUUUAUACAAAACUUUUGUAAAAUGUUCUCUGCAAAGUUAACUGCAAGAAUGUAAAUAUGCUUCUAAUAAAAUAACAAGGUGGGAAACUA